AUCCUGGGGACCGGAAGGAGGUGGAAACUCCUGCAUCCUACUGGAGUUCCCGUAGACGCGCGUGGUAAGAGUUCGCGUGGCUGUUAUAGAGGCUUGUUGCUGGAGCGCGUGGCUCGUGCGCGGAAGUCAGAGGUGACCGAAAGCCUGACAUCGCUGUAGAAGCUGAGACCGUGAGCUAUGGUGGGGAGAUCCCGGCGGCGCGGAGCGGCCAAGUGGGCAGCUGUGCGAGCUAAGGCGGGUCGCGACCCAGCGGACGAAAAUGAUGACAAUUUGGAAUCUCCACCCUCACCAGGGGACUCCACCUACUACCAAGAUAAGGUAGAUGAUUUCCAUGAGGCCCGAUCUCGGGCUGCCUUGGCUAAGGGAUGGAGCGAAGUGGAGAGUGGGGACGAGGAGGAGGAUGGCGAUGAGGAGGAGGUGCUUGCCCUAGAUAUCGCCGAUGAGGACGAUGAAGAUGAAGAGAGUGCGGGGAAUGAGGAGGAUGACGAUGAUGAUGGUGGGAGCUCCAUGCAGAGUGAGGCUGAGGCCUCGGUGGAUCCCAGUUUGUCGUGGGGUCAGAGGAAAAAACUUUACUACGACACGGACUAUGGUUCCAAGUCCCGAGGCCGGCAGAGUCAACAAGAAGUAGAGGAAGAGGAAAGAGAGGAGGAGGAGGAGGCACAGCUCAUUCAGCGACGUUUAGCCCAGGCUCUGCAAGAGGACGAUUUUGGAGUUACCUGGGUGGAGGCCUUUGCAAAACCAGUACCUCAGGUAAAUGAGGUUGAGACACGGGUCGUGAAGGAUUUGGCGAAAGUUUCAGUAAAAGAGAAGCUGAAGAUGCUGCGAAAGGAAUCACCAGAGCUCUUGGAGCUGAUAGAUGACCUGAAAGUUAGGUUGACAGAGGCGAAGGAUGAGCUGGAGCCAUUGCUACAGUUGGUGGAGCAAAAGAUCAUUCCACUUGGAAAAGGAAGCCAAUACCUGAGGACCAAAUACAACCUCUAUUUGAACUACUGCUCCAAUAUCAGUUUUUAUCUGAUCCUGAAAGCUAGGAGAGUCCCUGCACAUGGACAUCCUGUCAUAGAAAGGCUUGUUACCUACCGAAAUUUGAUCAACAAGCUGUCAGUUGUGGAUCAGAAGCUGUCCUCUGAGAUUCGUCAUCUGCUUACACUUAAAGAUGGUGCUGGAAAGGCAGAACUGAAUCUAAAAGCAAAAUCCACAAAGGCCAAGCCAAAAUCUGUUUCUGCUGUUGCUGCCUCUGCUGUUACAGAGCUUUCUGAUGAUUCUGAUUUUGAUGAAGCUGCACUGAAAUACUAUAAAGAAAUAGAAGACAGACAAAAAUUGAAGAGAAAGAAAGAAGAAGAUAGUACUGAAGAACAGGCUCUUGAAGUUCAAAAUGCAAAGAGAGCCAUUACUUAUCAGAUUGCUAAAAAUAGGGGACUUACACCUAGGAGAAAGAAGAUUGAUCGGAAUCCCAGAGUGAAACACCGGGAGAAGUUCAGAAGAGCCAAAAUUCGCAGAAGAGGCCAGGUUCGUGAAGUUCGUAGAGAAGAGCAACGUUAUAGUGGUGAACUAUCUGGCAUUCGUGCAGGAGUUAAAAAGAGCAUUAAGCUUAAAUAAAGUUUUUGCUUAGCUUAAGUUUUUUGGCAAUAAUUUUGGAUCAAUAAAUUUUUAUUUUUAACUGG